ACAUAUAUAUAGGAGUUCACAGCAACGACUUGAGAAUUCGGUAGUUUUCGAUUGCAGUCUGCAGCUCUACAGAUCUGAGCUUCGCCGCCGGUUUUGCAAUUCCUCUCCGAUCAAAAUGAUUGAUGAUCAAGACCUGGGCUUCUUUGCCAAUUUUCUUGGUAUUUUCAUAUUUGUUCUGGUGAUUGCCUACCACUACGUGACAGCGGACCCAAAAUUCGAGGGCAACUGAAGAUUCGUUCUCGCCAUACCAAUGCAUAGAUUUGCGAGAGUAUGAUUGUCAUGUGAUGGGUUAAAUUUUGGACAGAGAUACAUAUGAUGUAGUACUUUUAUAUGAUGAGACAGUUAAUUUUAGCCUUACUGCUAAUUAAUGGAUAAUCUUUGAUAUAAUAGACUACUCAGAAAUAUCUUCACACUUCA